AUUCCCAUGAUUCAAUAGUCAAAAUGGUUGGUUUGAGGAAUUCAAUCGGCGAGGUGAACAUUUAAAAGUGAUCGGGAUAGAUCAGCUGCAUUCAUUUCACAACACAUGUAAAUGUUCCCAAAAGGAACAAUAUUAUUUGCAUGAUAGCACAUGGUACAUUGAUGCAUUAUGUCUAAUUUCCACAUAAAUGUCGAAACUGACCAGCCAACGAAUCGUCAUGAGAAAAGUUUAGGACUUUUGACAACAAAGUUUGUGACACUGCUGCAAGAAGCGAAAGAUGGUGUAUUGGACUUGAAAGUGGCAGCAGACCAGCUGGCAGUCCGGCAAAAAAGGAGAAUAUAUGAUAUUACUAAUGUCUUAGAGGGUAUAGGACUCAUUGAAAAGAAAUCUAAAAAUAGUAUUCAGUGGAAGGGUGCUGGACCAGGAUGCAACAACAGGGAAUACUCCGAUAAACUGUACUCUGUGCAAGAGGAACUCGAAGAAUUGAGAAGAAAAGAAAUGGAAUUGGACCAACACAAAGCUUGGAUACAGCAAAGUAUUAAAAAUGUUACUGAUGAAGUCGAAAAUACACGAUUAGCAUAUGUGACGCAUGAAGAUAUAUGUCGUUGUUUUAGAGGGGAUACUUUGUUAGCAAUACAAGCCCCAUCAGGAACCCAGUUAGAAGUACCUGUACCUGAACUGGGACCAGGUUUAAAGAAGAAUUAUCAGAUUCAUUUAAAAAGCAGCUCUGGACCUAUAAAUGUUCUGUUAGUUAAUAAAGACUCUGACAACCAGUCACCUAUGGUGACGCAACUCCCACCUGCUGAUGAAGGUCUGGCCAGUCAGUGCCAAGCUGCAGCCCAAGGAGCUGAUCAAAAUGUUAAUCCAAACCAAAAUACACGACAAAAAGCCAGUAAAAAUCAAAAAUCACCUGUUAAAUCUCCUCUACGACAAUCUCAGCCCACCAGUUUGCAUGGUGACAGAAUGGCAACAAGGUCAUCGCCACGGAAACAAGGUCAGCAGAUGUCACAACAGCAGCAAGCCUCUACCUCACUUGGACUUCCUACUGGCAUGGACAGUCUUCCCAGUGAUAUUCUCUUUGAUGAAGCAAAAUCUGAAUUUGAUGCAAUGGAUGGUCAACUUAUAGAAGAACUCAUGACAUCUGAAGCUUUUGCACCAUUGUUACGACUAAGCCCACCACCUAGUGAUAAAGACUAUUAUUUCAAUCUGGAUGACAGUGAGGGUGCAUGUGAUCUUUUUGAUGUACCGCUGCUCACAAUGUAAUAACUUGCCAUAUUACACUGACAGCCCACCCAUAUCACACAGUGCCAGAUACAUUAUAUAAUUAUAUCACAUUCUCUGUCAAAAUUUUAAAACUCCCUGAAAACACUGUUAUUCUGCUUCUUUAUAGAAGCAAGGUCUACAUUCUGUGUUCUUGAAAAAUAUUUUAUACGAAUAUCUGAAUCUGAAAAUCUACACUGGACAUCGAAUCGUGAUUCUAACAUUCGGAUAUCCAGACUCCAGAUGACAUCCCUAUAAUGAAAAUUCAUCAGUGUUGUGAUUGGUUAAGAUUCUACCAUUGCUUAGCAACCAAUCAGAAUGAUAGCUUGGUGUAAGUCUUAUAUUGAAUAUUCCGCUGCAUAUUCUGUGUGUAAUUUACAUUUCACAACCAAAUAUCUAACAUCGUUGAUGUAAAAAUGUUAUUUUUUGAAUAUCUGUGUAAGAGCAUGCAAAAUAGGGAUAUUCCAGUUUUGUUUUGGGAAUUUGCGUCAAUUUGAGUCUUAUUCUUUCUGUUUAAAAACAGCUAAUAUAUAGCCAGAGCUUGUAGGGAUAUAGAGGUACAUGUAUUUAUGUUUGAGAUUUUUAUUUUCCUUUUGAUAUCAAUAACAUAACACUGUAUGUUUUCGUCUUAGAUAAAAAAAAUCUACAAGUAAUAAGUGUAUUUUCUCUCUCUUAUAAAGUUUGUUAACUUGUGAAGUGAAAUGAAAAUUUUUUGUUUUAAAAAGAUUUAUAUGAGAUCACUAUACAUAAGUUUACUCUGAAAGCUUGAAAAUUUUAUCAAUUUUGUCAACAGAUAGUCAUUGGCUGAAACUGAAUGUCAAGCCUUUGACUUGAAAACACGUUCUCAAUUUUUAAGCAUUGCAAAUAUAGAAUGAUAUUAUGUGCCAUCUUUUUCUGUGGUAGUGAUGUUAGGAUUAUGGUCAGUUGACGAAAAGAAAUGUUUAUACAGUGUAUAAAUAUUUAACAAUUUUGAUGGAUAGAUGUUACCAUAGGGACCAAAAUAUUGUAAAUUGUUUAUCUUUGUAUAAUGUAGUUGCUUACUAAUUAGAAAUGAGAAGUUACGAAUGGUGCAUUUAUAGGUUAUAUGCAUUUCUCUAUGUUGUGAAUGUUAGUAUACAUAUGAGCCGUGCCAUGACAAAACCAACAUAGUGGGUUUGCGACCAGCCUGGAUCCAGACUAGCCUGCACAUCCGCGCAGUCUGAUCAGGAUCCAUGCUGUUUGCUAUCAGUUUCUCUACUUGUAAUAGGGUUUGUAAGCAAACAGCAUGGAUCCUGAUCAGACUGUGUGGAUGCGCAGGCUGGUCUUCAUCCAUGUUGGUCACAAAUGCAUUAUGUUGGUUUUGUCAUGACGCGGCUCAAAUUUUUACAUUGGCAGAAACAGAGAUUUAUUUGAAGAAAAUCUGUAAUUUUAAUUUCUGGUUAGGACUUUCAUUUUUAUGCAAGUAAAUUAUGUGCAUAAUUAAGGUCAUGUAUGUAUAAGCAUUAGUAACGAAUAACCAAAGCAUUUUUAUAUAGACUCUAGGAUGUAUUUUCGCUCCCAUAUUGGGACAAGAUAGAAUCAAGCUUAAUACCGUGAGCAUUUUGCUUUAAUCAGUUAUGUUGUUUGUACAUAUUUUAUAAUUGCAGAUAAAAAAUAAAUGUGUAGGUAUAGUAUUUGAAACAGUGUACAGCAAUUACAAUAGUGUAUAUUGAUAAACAAAAAAAACUGUUUAAGAUAUUUAUGCUUAUAGUUCACUUUGUUACAUCAUGAAUGUAAUUUUAUUUAUUCAUAAUAAUUUGUGCUUAUUACCUUUUUUGUUGUAUUUUUUGUGGUUUUAAACAAAAUUAUGAGAGUUAGAAGACAAGAAUGUUGCUUUAUUUUAGUGUUCAUGACAAAAUUACCGGUAUGAAAGUUUGAAAACCAAAAAAUGUAACUGUUUGCUGCAAUCUGUAAAUGGAAAUUUUCCAUUGUUUUGUUUGAAUAAAUGUGAUAUUACAACAAUGACAUCCAUAGUUUAUGACAUAGGCCAUGAAUGUUGGUGGAGCGGGGUCUUGUUAUUUAAUUAAUAAAAGAAUAUUAACUUUUGUGCCAUGUGACCAAAUAUAUUUAAUGACAAAUACA